CUCCCAUGAUGCCUUAAGUGGCGGCGGUCUUCCUGUGGCUUGCGCCCAGGUGUACCGGCAGGCGAACUACAACUCCCGCCGUGCUUGGUGCGGCGACGGUUUCCGGUUGGGCGGGUUUCCGGUUUCUCAGUCUAACCGUCGCGGCUCGCGCCGGCCGCCCUCGAGCGAUCGUGGCUUUUGAAUUGUUAACGGUCCCUGGUUAAAACUUUACUUUCAUUUGAUCUUCUCCCUUUUCGGAGCGUUUACGCACACAUUUUUUUCCGUCUCUGUGAACGAAUUAACCUUUGUCAAAGAAGAAAGGAAAUAUAUAAAUUCCCUCACCGUCUGCGAAGGGAGUUUGUGCUUUUUUUUUCCGCGGCCUUCCCCCCCCCCCCCUUUCCCGGUGUUGAGGAGAUUUUCCUAAAGUCUCCUCCUCCUCCUUCUUCCCUCCUUUCGGCCCCGGAUUCCGGGUCCCCUGUCCGGCUGCCGAGAUGGGCUGCACCAUGAGCGCCGAGGACAAGGCGGCGAUGGCCAGGAGCAAAAUGAUCGACCGCAACCUGAAGGAAGACGGCGAGAAGUCAUCCCGGGAGGUCAAACUUCUGCUGCUGGGUGCAGGAGAAUCUGGGAAAAGUACGAUUGUAAAACAAAUGAAAAUCAUUCAUGAGGAUGGGUACUCUGAGGAGGAGUGCAAACAAUAUAAAGCAGUGGUUUAUAGCAAUACAAUUCAGUCUAUCAUUGCUAUAAUCAGGGCCAUGGGACGUUUGAAGGUUGAUUUUGGAGACCCAACAAGAGCAGAUGAUGCCCGCCAGUUGUUUGUCCUAGCAGGAACUACAGAGGAAGGGAUCAUGACAACAGAACUUGCAGGAGUUAUCAAACGAUUGUGGCAAGAUGGUGGUGUUCAGGCUUGUUUUGGUAGAUCCAGAGAAUAUCAGCUGAAUGACUCUGCAUCAUAUUAUUUGAAUGAUUUGGAUAGAAUUUCCUUACAAGGCUACAUCCCAACUCAACAAGAUGUUUUGAGGACCAGAGUGAAAACUACAGGCAUAGUGGAGACGCACUUCACCUUCAAAGAUUUGUAUUUUAAGAUGUUUGAUGUAGGCGGUCAGAGAUCAGAGCGGAAGAAGUGGAUACAUUGCUUUGAAGGUGUAACUGCAAUAAUUUUCUGUGUGGCUCUGAGUGAUUACGAUCUUGUGCUUGCUGAAGAUGAGGAAAUGAACCGAAUGCAUGAAAGUAUGAAACUUUUUGAUAGCAUUUGCAACAACAAGUGGUUUACAGACACAUCCAUUAUUCUGUUCCUAAAUAAAAAAGAUCUGUUUGAAGAGAAGAUUAAGAGAAGUCCUCUAACAAUUUGUUACCCAGAAUAUACAGGAUCCAACACAUAUGAGGAAGCCGCAGCAUAUAUUCAGUGUCACUUUGAAGAUCUGAAUAGACGAAAAGAAACCAAAGAAAUCUACACUCAUUUCACGUGUGCCACAGAUACCAAGAAUGUGCAGUUUGUUUUUGAUGCAGUGACAGAUGUCAUCAUCAAAAAUAACUUGAAGGAAUGUGGAUUAUACUGAGGCUUGUUAUCGAGAGCAGACCCAGGUUUGAUUUUGUGAAUAAAAAGAAGCCUGUAGGUGGACCAUUGUAUUCCCUGGUUAUGCUGCCUGGCAGAAGUUAGAAACAAAAUGACUGACGUCAUGAGGGAGGCUGCAUGCAAGAUAUUCAAUACUAACUAUGUAUUAUGAACACAUUUUUUAAAAUUGUGCUUUAGUGUGAAAUGAGUAAUGUACAUAAUGUACUGUUACUGAUUCAGCAUUGUGUUUGAAAAAAACAUUUUGCUGCUUUUGUUUCCAGUUCUUUUUGUCUUUGAUAUGUUAAUAUGCAAUUGUAUUGAAUGGUCAAAAGGUGACACAAUCUAUGAUCGAGGUUACUUUUUGGAUGGUGUUUCAUUUGUUUUUGAUCCGUAUUGCAAAAUAUAGCUAAAUUUUGUAGAGAGAAUUAUUGGAAGUUUUGUUAUAACUGAUCAUCAGUGCUUUCAUUCAUUCUAAAUGACAUUUGGACCAAUAUGAAAUUCAAGGAUUGUAUUAAAUUGUAUUUCUUUUUAACAUGUACAAAAUUAUGCUCUGUGACAUUGAUAGUAGUACUGAUUAGUCCAGCAAGAAGAGAACGUAACAUAUUUCUGUAGACCAAAACCAGUGCAAAUUAUUUCAAGUGUAUUUGUCCAUUUAGAAAGCAAUAUAAAGAUCCACAGAACAUAGUGACUUGUAAACUGAUGAUUUAGCAAUUUAGUAUUACCCUCCAGCUGUCGUAAAAACUGUGCUGCCAUUGAAAUUUCAAGUGCCAUCUAUUGUUCAACGUUUGCCAAAUAUAAAAACAAUACAUGACUUAAAAUUAGUAAAUUAAAAUCAAACCAAACCUUUUUUCUAACGAAUCACCCACUGUUUGCUGUAUUUUACCUACUUUUAUUUCUGACCCGAAAUCUGUUGAUUUUGUUUUAAACUCAGUAAUUUUGGUCUGGUACUCGAUUAAACUGAGUUCGUACUUCCUGUUCAUAUCAGAAUGUUAAUAGAAAUAACCAUGACUUAAAAAGAAUUUUGGAUAUCAUAGUUAUGAACUGUGAAGUAGGAUUGUACUUCUCUCACUAGAUUAUUUUUAUAAUAUAGCACUGCCAUAUAGACUACAAGAAAUAAAACAAUAAUUAAAAACCUAACCAGUAUAUAUUUUAAAAACGUGAUAGUUCUGUCGGAACUCUUUAUCCUCUGAAAAAAAGCUAUGUACCCCAAGCAUACAAACAGCCUCCGCCACAGUUGUUCAUAACAUCAUGGUUGGUUUGCUUACCAUGGUACUGUUAAAUAUUGCCAUGUUUAUAACAAGGAAAUGCUGGGAACCCUGUUUGAAAGUGCAGGUUAUGUUGUUCCCUUACCACUGCACAUUUCACACAGUUGUCACGUUUGAGUUACAUUGAAGAUGACGAGUCCCUUUUUUUUUUGAAAGAUAGCUCUGAAAGUUCAUCAAGCAAGUACAUUUUCCAUUCCAAUCCAUUUUUAUGAUCAUUAGAUUAUAUAUAUUUAUUGUCAAGAAUUGGUAUCUUUGUUAACAGAUUUUUUUCCUACAUGAAUUGCUAGUGUUCUUGCUCUAGGGCCUCAAACCUAUGUUAUGCAAAGACAGUUCUAGAGAAAUGAUGGUUGUGAAUGAUGGAACGAAUUGCGAUUUUUAAAUUGGCAUUUUAAGUGACUCAAUUAAAACGAAGUUGAAACCUUGCUGUUCGUGAAGCCUGGCUUUAAGUCCCAUGGUGAUUGCAUUUCUAAAUGGUCAUGUUGUACAUUAUUGUUGUAUUAAAGAUAUACUUUUAGCAUGGCAAGUUUUCUACAUUUUUUUUCAUUCGUUGCCCCUCCUGAAUGAACAAUUUUUUGUUUUUCUAUUAUUCUUAUAUCUGAGACCAGGGUGGACUUCCUUCUGUGACCUGUCACUCUGCUGGGAUCGGCAUUGUACUUUGAAGAAUUUUCUGUACAUAACCUGUGAUGUCACAUUCAUUAUUAUUUACAAGGGACUUUGAUACAUAUUUGGUAACAAAAUUUUAAGGGAAUGGGAAGUUGGACGCUUGGACCUAAAUAGACAUGUCGAAUAAUGGCUUCUUCUGUUCAGUUUUGAUUUGUGCAUCUGGACAGCAGUCCUUUUCACAGGCAUUGAUUUGUGGCUCAUGGAAUCUCAUGUGGGAGGAUGGGAAGGAGAUUACUUUAAAAAAUUUAAGUGGACAGUUGAUGAGUUGCAUGUAGUACAAGCUAAACAAAAACUUGGUGACCUUCAUUAUCCUUUUCCAUGAUUGCAGAUUUCAUCUCUGAGAUAUCUUUGGAGAAAAAUUACCCAAUAUGUAUUUAUUCAUGAUUAAAUGUUAAAUAAAACAAUUCAGUGGGAAAAGUAAUCAAUGCAUUCUCUAAGACAGUGUUGAUCUCUGUAGAUAUUGCCAUGCAUUUUAAGAAUAAAGGCAGUUGCCUGUUGUACUUUUGAA